CGCCGCCGCCGCCGCCGGCGCCGCAGCCGCUUCCAGUGGGUGGUACCCGGCUACUCCGAGUGCUCCAAAAGCUGCGGAGGAGGCACUCGUGUCCCGGAGGUGGUCUGCGUGCGUCGGAAGAAGAAACAGCUGGCCCCCGACAGCAAGUGUAACCCUCGCCGGCGGCCGCGCACCCGGCCCGUGCUCUGUAACACGGCGCCCUGCCCCGUCAGCGCGGCGGCCGUCUGGCGGGCCAACGAGUGGUCGGCGUGCAGCAGCUCGUGCGGCGCCGGACACCAGACGCGCACGUUUCUCUGUGUGCGCGCCGGACAGCCGGUAGAGGUGACCGAGUGUGUGGGCCGACCCACCGAGCCCGAGACGCAGCCCUGUAACUCGGGACCCUGCCGGCCAGAGCUGCGCUGGCACGUCGGACGAUGGAGCGCGUGCUCCGUCAGCUGCGGCUGGGGCACCCGGACCCGCUCAGUGACCUGCACCGACCAGCUGGCCGGGUGCCCGGAGUCGGAGCGGCCACGAGACACCGCGCCCUGCCGCCGGGCCGACUGUCCGCCCACCGAGGAGCCCGGCGGACCGGGACAGGGCGGACCGCCGCCGCCCGCCGGAUGGAUGGUCACCGAUUGGACACAGCAGUGCUCUGUGGAGUGCGGCCAGGGCGUCCAGUCGCGCGGCGUGGCCUGCGGCGGUGACCCGGGACGCUGUGACCUCUCUCAGAGACCCUCCGACACGCGGCCUUGUAAGACGGACAGGGGCUGCGCGGGCACCUGGUUCACCGGGCCCUGGAGCCAGUGCUCCCGGGAGUGCGGUGUCGGCGGCGAGGCCACCCGGACCGUGCUCUGCGUCCGCCAGUCGGCCGGCCAGUUCUCCGUCACCGCAGACCUCUCGUGCGCCGGCUCACCGCGGCCGGCAGCCCAGCAGCCGUGCGGCGCCGGGCCGGAGCGCCGCUGCCCGCCGCGCUGGUUCACUGCCGAGUGGGCCGAGUGCUCGGUCACCUGCGGCUCCGGUCAGCAGCGACGGGUGGUGGCCUGCGUCGGCGCCGACGGUCGACUGGCGGCCGGCUGUCCGGACGGCGAGAGACCCGAGGAGCGGCGACCCUGUCAGCAGGCAGAGUGUCCAGGUGCUGCGUUCACCACUGAACCAGCGCCGACCCCGCCCAGCCGACCGGAGUCCCCAGCAGCCGAGCCGCCCUCCCAGCCUCGCCUGACGCCCGUUCUGGGGCCCGAGUACCACACGGUCGAGGGCUCGGACACUGAGGUGCAGCUCGGGUCGGAAGACGGUCCUCUGGGAGGUCACGGGACUGGUCUGUCUGGUGGAGACCGGUCCGGUCCGUGGGACCAUCAGCUGCGGGCUCAGACGGCUAACCAGACCGAGACGGCCCGCCCGGCCGCUUCAGAGCCGCUGGACGGGCCAGGGCUGAGACAGAAGAGUGGUGGUAAACUGCCUGAACCGGCGGCUUCACUGCAGGAUAGCUGGAGCUCGGGUACGAUAGAGCGACCGGUGAAGAGCAGAGUCACUUCUCCUGGCGCAGAGAUUGACUCUGAGGACAACUUUGAGUAUGACUCUCAAGACUCAUCCUCUGCGCCGACGGACUCCUCCACUGGCCGAUCGACUCAGAAUCGACUCAGUCAAGAGUCAGAGACUAACACCACCACCACAGCACCUGAGACGGUCACAGAGUCCGAGUCAGACGGCGGGGGAGCGGCUCCGGUGGACAGAGGAGGAGAGGAGGAGAGAGGGCGGAGCGGUGACGGCUCUGGUAACGGCGCCGACGGGGAGCGGGAAGACUCCUGCACGGAUAGUCUGAGUCACUGCAGUCUGGUGCGGCGGGCCCGGCUGUGCCAGACCAGCUUCUACGCCACGUCAUGCUGCGCCUCGUGCCGGCACCAGCGGCGGUGAUGGGACGGGGAGAGAGCCGUCCAUCCUCCGCCCGCUCCCUUCCGCCUCCUGACUGAUCUACCGAACAUCUACCGGAGAGGAAGAGAAGGCAGUCUACCGUCCGCGCUUUCAGCUGCCGCUUUGAGAGUGCCGUCCGCGGAUCGGCCCGCUGUGGAGGCUGAGUCCUCUCGGGCACAGGGCCGUCUGGUCUGCAGACCCUUCUGUGGAGUGCUGUUACUCUGGCGGUGCCAGGAGUCUGUCUCAGAAUUCUGACGCUGGAGAGUGCUUGUGGUAAUGCUACGGACCUGUGGCUGUCUCGUACGGGCCGAUAAGCGGGUGGCGCCAGCUGCGAUAAGUCAGUUUUGACGGAAAGUGCCAUCUGGAAUGAGAGAAAUAUCGGUCCAGCACCGUACCGAGGUGGCUAGACUGCUAGCGCCCCUAGCGGAGGUAAUAUGAACUGCAGGCUCGUCCGGUCCGAUGUCUCUGACGGCGCUAAUGACGCUUCAUAUAGAACGCUUCUGCGCGUGCUUUCUUCUCUCGCAGUGCUGCCGGAACUUGGGUGAUCAGAAAAUUGAGUUCGGUUGUUGCAAGAAGAGGUGAUUUGUGCGACGCAUUUUGCUGGUCUCCAUACGAAUGUGACUGCUGUGUGGGUGCUGAGUGCGGGAUAAGAAUGCCGGUUGGAAUUGUGUGAUGAGGCCGACAUCGCGCUGUUACAGUCUGCUAUGCGUUGGUGUGUGCGCCUUGUGGCUCACGUGUUAGUUUGAUGAGGCGUUGGGCCGGUUGUCGUUGUUGCUCUCGUUCUUAUCCGAUCAGCAUAUUGCGUCUUUUCCGACACGUCUAUGUAAAACCCCGUGGCAUUGUUUGUACCACGUAGCAGCGUUGGUGCUGUGCCAAUAAUUACGUUCGAGCCUUCUUUGCCCGGUUACGUGGAUUCGGACUUAAUCUGUCCAUUGCCAAAUACUGUGCCGAGUAUUUAUAAACACAGUGUGCGCAC